AUGGCCGGCGCCCAAGAAGCUCGCGACGGCAACGGCAGCAGGGGCGGCGGCCCUGGUCCUCAGCCGCGCGCGCGGCGCGUGCUGGUUUUCCCGCUGCCGUUCCAGGGCCACAUCGACCCGAUGCUGCACCUGGCGGGGGUGCUCCACGGUCGGGGCCUCGCGGUGACCGUGCUCCACACGCGCUUCAACGCGCUGGACCCGGCGCGGCACCCGGAGUUCCGGUUCGUGGCCGUCCCCGACGGCACGCCCGCCGACGUCGCCGCCACGGGGAGGAUCAUCGACAUCAUCCUCGCCAUGAACUCCGCCAUGGAGUCGUCCUCCUCCGCGGCCGUCACGGAAGCGCUGGCGUCCGCCGCUCUCGCGGACCCCCGCGCCGCGUGCCUCUUCAUCGACGCCAACCUCCUCGCCGUGCACAGGGCGGCCAGGAAGAUCGGGCUUCCCACGCUGGUGCUCCGCACCGGGAGCGCCGCCUGCUUGGGCUGCUUCCUGUCGUACCCCAUGCUCCACGAGAAGGGCUACCUGCCACCGCGAGAGUCGCAGUUGUGCACGCCGGUGCCGGAGCUGCCACCUCUACGAGUGAAGGACCUCGUCUACUCGAAGCACAGCGACCACGAGCUUGUCCGCAGAGUCCUGGCCCGGGCCAGCGAGACAGUGAGAGGUUGCUCCGGCCUGGUCAUCAACACGUUCGAGGCUCUGGAGGCGGCCGAGAUCGGGAGGCUCCGCGACGAGCUCGCCGACCUCCCGGUGAUCCUCGCCGCCGGCCCUCUCCACAAGCUCUCCUCCAAUUCCUCCAGGGGCGCCGGGAGCAGCCUGCUCGCCCAGGACCGCAGCUGCAUCGAGUGGCUGGACGCGCAGCGCUCCGGGUCAGUGCUGUACGUGAGCUUCGGGAGCUUGGCGGCCAUGGACUCGAGCGAGUUCUUGGAGGUGGCCUGGGGUCUGGCAGAGAGCGGCCACCCCUUCCUGUGGGUCGUCCGACCCAACCUGGUACGAGGCUGCUGUGACGACGACAGCGUGCGGCGGCGGCGGCUGCCGGAUGGCGUCGAGGACGCGGUCAGGGCCGGCAGAGGCGUGGUGGUCCGGUGGGCGCCGCAGCAGGAGGUGCUUGCCCACCGCGCGGUGGGUGGGUUCUGGAGCCACUGCGGCUGGAACUCCACCCUGGAGGCGAUCAGCGAGGGGGUGCCGAUGAUUUGCAGGCCGGACGCCGUGGACCAGAUGAUGAACACGAGGUAUGUGCAGGAUGUUUGGGGUGUUGGGUUCGAGCUCGAAGGGGAGCUGGAGAGGGGGAAGAUCAAGGACGCGAUUAGGAAAUUGAUGAGUGAGCGGGAGGGAGAUGAGAUGAGGGAAAGAGCACAGGAGCUUAGGGGGAAAGUAGAAGGCUGCUUGGAGAGCUCUGGGCCUUCUCAGAUUGCCAUUGACAAGUUGGUUAACUACAUACAAUCUCUGUGA